AUGGAGAUGGAAUGGAAGUUCAAUACAGCACGGAAUCCGAUUCUGCAAAACCAUGAGAAACUUAAACAGAAAUUGGAGGAGGCAGUUGGUGCGUACCAGAAAAUUAGUGAGAGGUGCGGGAUACUUGAGUUGGAGAAUGAGAAGCUUUCCAAGGAAAUACUGCAACUGCAAGAAAAGUUUUCAGAAUUAAGCAGGCAGAAAAGGAAACUCGAUGAAAUGAACAAUCAAACAAUAAAGGAAAUUGAGUCAUUGUAUCGCUCAGCAAUUAAGCGAGCAAACUUAUCUUUUGCACAUUGGUCAGCUCUCACUGCUGACACUCCAGGGCCAAGUUCUCACCCUUCUUUUGGCGCUGGAGUUGGAUCACGAGCAAAUUCUUUAAUGAGUCUAAAGGAUCACAUCCUUAGUCCAAGCUAUAACGCGUCGCGGGCAAGACACAACAAUUCCAACAGACCUUUUGACAUGUCUGGUGGCUCACCUGCAAAAAGGUCAGCUGUACCUACGCGCGCUGAAAGUGGUAAAGGAGUGCCAAGUUCUCACCCUUCUUUCGGCGGGGUUUGGAUCACGCCCAGCAAAUCCUUCAAGAAGGAAUCAUUCACCCAUACAGCAGCCCCAACUCUCCCGUGGUUGAGGGCAAGAGUUCACGUAAGUCCAUUAACUGGCAAGAGUUCACGUAAGUCCAUUAACUGCUAA